GGCUAACUCGCGUGCACCUUAAAUUGGAUUACCGUUAAUUAACAGGCUAGCGCUUCAAGUGGCAAACAUACUUGAGCGUCAAGAAGAUGGCCACUUGAAUGGCACACCACUCUAAGAUGAGGAUGCCAAGGCUCGAGUACUGCUGGUUGGCGUCAAAGCCAAAGUUGGUCAGAAUAUAGUCGUGAAUCGUCGACGACGUGCCGUUCGCGAGGGUAAUGAUGUCGCACCCUUGUCCGUUUCUGGUUGGCGGGCAGUCGGCCAACUCGCACCCGAUCAGCACGUUGAGCGCGUAGCUCGAGGGAGUGACCCACGUGACCCACCGGUACCCCCACUUCAUGUCGAUGAACGGGACCAGGAACCCGCUAAAGAGAUUCAGGAGGCACGAAAGCGCCCCCACUGCCACAUUUGCCACCUUGGAGUUGGGCAGCAGCACCGACAUCCAUUGGCCCAAGAACGUACACAGCGAAAUGUACAGGAAGAACGUGAACCAGAAGAAAAAGAACCGCCCCGCGUCGUUGUACCACCCGACCAUCCAGUACUCGACGAUCACGAAGAAGCCGCUAAUGAGAACGAGUAGUUGGACAUGCGCUCGCGGUAGUACACGGCGCGCUCCAAGCACGUAAUGUCUAGCACGGUCAUCAUAUUGAUGACCCCGAUAAAGUCCAUGCUGUUGUAGAUCAAGGCUAUGUGCGAGUUCACUGUCGACACCGAGUUGAUGGCCAGCUGGUAAAACGUGCUGCCAAAGAUCAACGCAAAGACCGGAAACAGCACGAUGCGCACAAAGUUGUACGCAGGGCUGCGCCAGUACGUCCGCGACGACUUGAGCACGAGCCAUGCCAGCUGGUUCUUCGUGCUCGUGGCGAUGGGGCUGUACUUCAGUGUCGAGAACCGCACCAUGGCGUCGGACGGAACCGCCAGCCGCGUGGUUUCCUUGAUGUUCUUCUGGUGGAGGGCCGAGGUGGCGUACUCGUCGGCGUAGUUCUUGAUGUCCUUGCGCCCGAUGCCGGCGCCGAUCACCUCGAGCAUGUACGUGGCGGGAUUGUACAGCGGUUUGAUCUUGUCCGUGCCGGGGAUAUGCUGGAAGUACUCGAGCAUGUGCAGGCUGUCGUGACCGAGCUCCCCAAAGUACGCGACCCGUCCACCCUUUUGCAGCAGCAGCAGCGCGUCAAACAGCUCGAAGAUUUGAAUCGACGGCUGGUGGAUCGUGCACACGACCGUGCGCCCGGUUCGAGCGAUCGACUGCACGCCGCGCAUGACCACCUGCGCCGACCGCGCGUCCAGCCCGGACGUCGGCUCGUCCAGAAACAGGAUGCUUGGGUUCGCCACCACCUCGACGCCGAUGGUCACGCGCUUCUUCUGCUCCACGCUCAAGUUCAAAAUCAGUUCGUGCGCGAUCGUGUGGAGUUCCAGCAGGUGGAGCGUCUCGUUGACGAGGUUAAGCUUGGCCGCCUCGGAAAUCGUCUCGGGGAGCCGCAGAAACGUCGAAAACAGCAGUGCUUCCCGAAUCGUGGCCCGUUCCGAGUGGAUGUCCAUCUGCUCGCAGUACGCCGUGAUACGGCUAAAGAUCGUCGGGUCCAUGAGCUCCCCGUUGAUGUGGAUGUCCCCAACGAUCCGACCGCCGGUUUUGCGACCAGCAAUCACGUCCAUAAACGUGGUCUUGCCCGCGCCGCUAGACCCCAUCAACGCCGUCAUGGUGCCUGGCUCGAAGAACGCCGUCACUUGGUGCAGCAGCUGCCGCUCUUCGCCGGUGGAUAGUGUCACGAAGUAGUCCAAGUCCCUGACGGCCAAGAAGGCCGGGAUGAACUGGAGCUCGUUGGACGCGUCGUUCGUGGGAGGCGCCACGUUCAGAUGAACUUGCGGCAAGUCAGUGGAGGAUGCUACGGGCGGUGUGGGGGCAGCCUUGGUGCCGUCGAUGGGCACAUUCUUCACACCCGUGUGCACUUCAAAGCGAAUACAAUGCAGCGCCACGGUGUUCGCGAGCGUAAACAAGACAAAGUACCCCAAGAGCACCAAAAUGCCAAUCCAAAUGUACUCUUCGCCUUGUCGAAUUUGAAACUGGUUCAAGUAAUUGACGCGGUCCGCGUCCGAAUACGUCGGCGACGUAAACUCGUUAAGUAUGAUGCUGCGCAGCGCCCACGAGACGGGAUUGAGCCAGUACAUCCACCGCCAGUACGGCGGAAUCAAGUCGGAGAGGAUGAUGUUGCCCGAAAACAAGAGAAAAAACGACACCGAGAUGCCCGCCAUCGCCUGCGCCGCCGUGAUGCUCGGAUUCAGCGCACUCAGGAGCGUAAAAUACGCGCCAAUCGUGUGCUGGAACACCACGAGGAUGGCGAGAAAGACAAAGAACGUACUCGUGGCCGGCGUGAGGCCGCUCAUAAAGUAGAAGAUCGUGCCCAUGACGAUGCUCACGGCCAAGUUCAUGGGAAUCUGGACGAUCGAGUCUGCAAUCACGUACGAAAUCGUGCGGAAAAAGUUGCGCGACCGCUGCUUGUAAAACACGUUGCGAAGCGAGAACGAGAUGGUGAUGCGCUGCCACGCUUGCCGCUGGAAGAUGGCGAUGGAGAAGAAGCUCAUGCGCAGGUACAGCGACUUGUGGCAGUUGAGAUAGAUCACGCCAAGCAGCAGCCCCACAACCAGGGCUUCGGUCAUUUUCCCGUACAACAGGGCCUUGUCCCGCACAAAGAGCAUCUUUUGGCGCUGGAGCAGCAGCCACGUGCUUUCGAGAAACCCCAUGCCGAAGACCUGCGUCUUUCGUGCCAUGAACGAGAUGCGCUUGAUGGUCGCUACGUCGUGGAUCGUAUGGCCUUGGCACAGCUGGUCCUGCACGGCCGCGUGGAUGUCGCUGCGCUUGAAAGCAUCUCCGAAUUGCGUGGGGGACACCAGGCAUGGCGAAGGGGCAUCUACAGCCACAUUAAUUCACCAUCAUCGUGGUUUGAUGGAAAGGGUUUGAUGGAAAGGGUUUGGUGGAUUACCAGUGGGGUAGUACUUGGCGCCGCGCCCCGACACGACCUCGAUCAAAAAGUCGGACGGGUCGGUGCGGGGGGGACAGGUAAAGCCCAGCCCUUGGAAGUAGGGCAGAGUGAACUUGCGAGGCCCGUGGUAGACGAGGUGGCCUUCGCUCAGCAUCAUAAUGUCGUCGAACAACUCGACCACUUCUGGCGGCGGCUGCAGCAGCGCCACGAUGCAGCUUCCCCCCAACGUCUUGGUCCACGACCGGAGCGAGUUGACAAUGUCAAACGUGGCCGCCGAGUCCAACCCCGUACUGAUCUCAUCACACAAAAAGAUGCUUUGUCCACCCACGAGCAUCUCGCCCACCGUCACCCGCUUGCGCUCUCCCCCACUCACGCCCCGAAGCAGCGCAUCGCCCACCACCUACAAAAACGCAGUCAGUUGCCGAGCCACUUGCACAGCAACGUCCGCACCGUGUCGGCACAAUUGUUGAGCCCUAACACGUGCAACACCAGCUCGGACCGCAAGUUGGCGACGUCGGCGAGUUUUCCAGGACGGUUCUUCUUCUUUGGCUGACCGUUCAAGCACAAGUCGGCAAACUUGAACGUUUCCCGAACUGUCAGCGUCGCGCAGUGGUUGUCUCGCUGGUCCACGAGACUCACCAGCUUGGACAAGUCAAUGUCCGACGGCGAUAGGCCGCUGUACGUGAUUUCUCCGUCUAGCAUCGUUUGAUUGGCCUUCGUGCGCAACUUGCCCGCCAACGCCUUGAGAAACGUCGAUUUGCCUGCCCCCGGAUUGGCCAGAAGCUACACUUUUAAUGAGUGUUCUAGUAGGUUGAUCUAUAUGAUCGUACCAAGGUCAUGCUGCCAGGGGGAAUGAUGCCAGUCAUGGGAUGCAGCACGUAGUUUUCCACCGUGGGUCGCUUGAUGCAUGGCAGAAACAGGCGCUUCAAGUGCGCGCCCACCGUGCCGUCCACCUCGUUGGCUGGCUUCACGUCGGACCGCGCCGUGAACGACAGGUCUAAGAACCGGACUUCGGGUGUCUGCAGCUGCAAAUUCACAGACGUGGACAGUUUCUUGUACUUUUCAAAGAACUUGCGCAGUCCGCCACUCAACAUCGUGUCCAAGCUGGCAGCAUUCAGGGUGCUCACCAUGGGGUUCUGCUGCUGGUCGUUGUACGGAUCCUGAAUACCCUUGAACCGAAGCUCGCUGUACACUCGGGGGAUCUCAGGGGGCGGCCGAGCGUUCAAGCUCGCGCGUCUGUCUUUGGUGCGACGGGCUUCGUACUCUGUGUCGUUUCCAACGACAGCAUUGCUGGGAAAGAUGGAUGAUAACGACGGCGGAGAUGACGACCCGCCCUCUGUGGAUUCAAUGUCCAACUCGAUCUUGUCCGUCACAUCAUCAGCGACGGCAGGACCUUCGCCAAGCAUCUCCGACAUCCCAGUCAAUUUCGAAAAUGGGUGUGGAGGUUUCAGGGGUUUCGCGCAGGUUCUUUCUAAAUAUAGAAUUUGUCGCCGUUCUACUUGACUA